AUGGACUGGUUCUGGAGGUCAAAGUCUCCUAAAGCCCAUGAGGCCUCAGAACCUAAUUCUUCGAGUCUUUCACAGGCAUCAGCCUCAAUUGCUGCACCUGCCCUUCCAUCGGUGGCCGAACCGGUCAAGUCAGCCCUUUCUCGAGAAGAACAAGCCAACCAGGAGUUUCUUGAGCUUGUGAGAGAACUUCAGGCACAGACAGAACCCACCUCAGAGAAGAGCUUAGAGGGAACAAAGUCAGCAAGAUCGGUACAUACUACUCCCGUCGAGGUUGAUAUCUCGCCUGAUUCCCUUUACCCGACUGAAAUAUCCUGCCGCUCGUCCUUUGAUUAUGCCAUGUUUUGCCAGAGCUUCGGAGGGCAGUUUGUCAACAUCUAUCGAUACGGUUCGUUCCGGUCAUGUUCAAACCACUGGGAUGAUUUUUGGCUGUGCAUGAGAACAAGGAAUUGGGAUGCGAAAGAUCGAGCGGCAGCAAUCCAGGAUCAUUACCGUAAGAAAGCCAUGAAGUGGAGAACUGGUCCAAGUAGUGAGGAUGUCUGGGACGUUAGGACCGAGCCAGUCAAGGACGCAUUUCAAGGAAACCUGGACGAGCUCGAGGCAGCGAUUGCAGCAUGGAAAAAGGCAAAUCCGACCGCUCUGGACCCUUGGGAACGGCCUCAGCCGCCUGCUUUCAAUUCUCAAACCACUGGGUAA